AUUAUCCAUUCACACCGAGAAACAAGGGUUUCUGCUACUUCCCUUCUACGGGUAUCUCGCUACACAACUUUCAAAACACGCUCUCGACUUCACUCACUCUUUCCCUGUUCCAAAUCCCAACAGAAUACAACAAUAUUAAUAACAAUAAAAAAAAGGAAAAAAAAGUAGAAUAUUUUCAAAGUAUAAAGUUAAAGAUUGGAAAACAAUUGCAUCAAAUGGUACUUGUAAAUCUCCGCUUAAACUUCGGUCGCAUUUUCAGCAUUCCCCUAACCGUCACUGUUCUUCUCUCCUCCGCCGUUCCCUUUCCUCCCGCCGCCGCCACCGCAGCAUUCUCUCACCACCGCAGUGUCGCCGCCUCCGCAUCGCCGAUGAAUACGUCGUCGCUCUCACAGUCUCACUCUCCGCCUCCUCCGGUGGCGAAGAAGGUGGAGCACGCCAUGGAGAUGUUCGGCGACGUUAGAAUCGACAACUACUACUGGCUCCGAGACGAUUCCCGCACCAAUCCCGAGAUGCUGUCUUACCUCAACCAGGAAAAUGCCUACACGGAUUCUGUCAUGUCUGGAACCAAGGAAUUUGAAGAUAAGCUUUUCUCUGAGAUAAGAGGAAGGAUUAAGGAGGAUGAUAUCUCUGCACCUUUACGCAAAGGGCCUUAUUACUAUUAUGAUAGAACUUUGGAAGGGAAGGAAUAUGUUCAACAUUGUAGGCGCCUUAUAUCUGAUAGCCAAAAGGUGCCAUCUGUGCAUGACAUCAUGCCCACAGGACCUGAAGCUCCUCAGGAGCAUGUUAUUUUGGAUGAGAAUGUCAAAGCACAAAGUCACAAGUACUACAGUAUCGGUACCUUUAAGGUUAGCCCAAAUAACAAGUUGGUAGCAUAUGCAGAAGAUACCAAAGGAGAUGAAAUAUAUACUGUUUAUGUCAUUGAUGCUGAGACUCGAGCUACUAUUGGAGAGCCUCUUGUUGGUGUCACAGGAUACCUUGAAUGGGCUGGCAAUGAUGCCUUAGUUUACGUCACAAUGGAUGAGAUUCUCAGACCUGACAAGGCAUGGUUUCAUGUGCUGGGAACAGAACAGUCAAAGGAUACACUUCUUUACGAGGAAAAGGACGAUAUGUUUUCUCUAGAUCUUGAAGCUUCUGAAAGCGAGAGAUAUUUGUUUGUUGCGUCAGAGAGCAAAAAUACAAGGUUCAAUUUUUAUAUGGAUGUUUCUAAGCCCGAAGAGGGUCUCAAAGUUUUGACACCUCGUGUUGAGGGCAUUGACACAACUGUCAGCCAUCGUGGAGAUCAUUUUUUUAUUAAGAGGAGAAGUGAUCAGUUUUUCAAUUCGGAGGUUGUAGCUUGUGCUGUCAAUGACACCUCCUCAACUACAGUUCUCAUUCCUCACAACGAAAGCAUUAAAAUUCAGGAUAUACAACUUUUUAGUGAUCAUCUAGUAGCAUAUGAGAGAGAAAAUGGUCUACAAAAAAUAAUAGUUUAUCACCUUCCCACGGUUGGUGAACCACUAAGAAGCCUUGAAAGCGGCCAAGCAGUUAGUUUUGUUGAUCCUGUGUAUUCAGUGUAUCCUACGGAUUCAGAGUUUUCAUCAAGUAUUUUAAGGUUUUCAUAUAGCUCACUGAGGACUCCUUCCUCUGUAUAUGAUUAUGAUAUGAAGACAGGCACUUCUGUUUUGAAGAAGAUUAACUCGGUUCUAGGAGGUUUUGAUUCAGCACGUUAUGUCACCGAAAGGCAGUGGGCACCUGCUUUGGAUGGAACUUUGAUUCCCAUUUCUAUUGUUUACCGUAAAGAUGCUGUGAAGCUUGAUGGAUCAGAUCCAUUACUACUUUAUGGAUAUGGAUCGUAUGAGAUAUGCGUGGAUCCCAGUUUCAAAUCAGCAAGGCUUUCAUUGUUAGAUCGGGGUUUUGUAUAUGCCAUAGCUCAUAUACGUGGAGGUGGGGAAAUGGGGAGGCAGUGGUACGAGAAUGGGAAGCUGUUGAAGAAAAAGAACACUUUUACUGAUUUUAUUGCAUCUGCUGAAUAUUUGAUUGAAAAAAAAUUCUGUUCUAAAGAAAAGCUGUGCAUUGAAGGAAGAAGUGCUGGUGGUUUGCUAAUCGGUGCAGUUCUUAAUAUGAGACCAGAUUUAUUCAGGGCUGCUGUUGCAGGGGUACCUUUUGUGGAUGUUGUGACAACAAUGCUUGAUCCAACCAUUCCUCUCACUACUUCAGAAUGGGAGGAAUGGGGUGAUCCUAGAAAGGAGGAAUUCUACUUUUACAUGAAAUCAUAUUCCCCCGUUGAUAACGUGAAGGCACAGAACUAUCCACACAUUCUUGUUACAGCUGGAUUGAAUGACCCACGCGUUAUGUAUUCUGAACCUGCGAAGUUUGUUGCAAAACUAAGGGAUAUGAAGACUGAUGAUAACAUCCUGUUGUUUAAAUGCGAGCUUGGUGCUGGACAUUUUUCUAAGUCGGGAAGAUUUGAGAAGCUCCAGGAAGAUGCCUUCACUUAUGCAUUCAUCAUGAAGACUCUAAACAUGAUUUAGUCUUUAGAUGCAUGAGGUGCUGAUGUCGUCGAGAUGGGUCAUUAAUACAUCCAUGGCUUGAGUGAGUAAGUAAAUACCAUCGUGGUUCUGAGUGCGAGUUUAUUAUGUCAGACGUUUGGGCCAUCUUAGGAAUUAAAUUGCUAACAAUUUCAGAACAAAAUCUGAUAUUACCUCUGCAAUUCAGAAAUCAUGUCAUUUGUAAAAUUCCAUUGGUAAUUUAUAUUACAAAUGGGAAGAUAUGGCAAUUAAGGAUACGAUGCAUCUGUGUUUAUCUUAUCUUUCAAAAAUAAUGUCUGAAUUACUUUUAACCUGGAUUUGGGUUGACAAGAUAUUAUCUAUGGUAGUGUUUUUUUUAUC